AAAUAAGCAUUCUUCUCUCUCUACCCCCCUUACAUCACCACACGGUCUUUCACACCUCCCAGCCCUUCUCAGCAGAGAGGAAGUGGGCAGUGUGGAGGGAAUAGGUGGGGUGGACAGGAUAUAAGUCAUUAAAGAGUUUAGAGAGAGGAAGUGAUAGAAUACAUUGAGAUGGAACACACCUGUCUUCUACUCUUGCUGUUCAGUGCACUGGUAUACUCCGGCCUCGGUCAUAAUGGAGUAUCUCUGAGCGUCCGUCCCAACCGAUCUCAGUUCUUUGAAUAUGAGUCUUUAACUGUGAGCUGUGAGGUUCAGGGGAGCUCUGCUGGAUGGACACUGAAGAGAUACACAUCGACUGGGAAGCUUUCAGCUUGUGGAAGCGACUGGGGAAAACAACAAGGUUCUUCAUGCAUCGUGUCACUAAUACUAUCAGACAGUGGAGUGUACUGGUGUGAGUCUGGGUCUGGAGAACACAGCACUGCUGUCAACAUCACAGUACACGCUGGAGGUGUGAUCCUGGAGAGCCCUGCCCUUCCUGUGACUGAGGGACAUUCUGUGACUCUGCGCUGCAGAUAUCAGGGAACUCCCUCUGACCUCACAGCCGAUUUCUACAAAGAUGGAUCCCUCGUCAGGACCGAGACUACGGGAGAGAUGACCAUCCCUGCAGUAUCCAGGUCAGACGAAGGACUCUACAAGUGUUCCAACUCUGAAGGAGAAUCACCGGAGAGACGGAUGACUCUGACAGACCCCACUACAGUGCCGGUGUUGUCCAUGUCUCUGCCCAGGCUGCUGGGUAGUCUACUGGUGGUGUGUCCCUACCUGCUGGUGACCGUCAUACUGCUGGUGAAAGGCAACAGACGUAGGGCUCAAGGUGACCGUUUUGAAGAACAGUGAGGCUGAGAAACACCUGAUCACCAUGACAACACUCAGAAUGGAACACACAACAUUCUAAUUCUGGACCUGUGAUUUACACCCAAAACAUUUAUUCUUCUCCUGGCCCAUAGUGGCAUUUAAAAAAUAAAAUAAAAUGAAACGAUUUAUUUAACUGCUUUGAUGUAUUUGUCUUAUUUUAAGCUGUUUCAAUAUAUGUUGUGUUGUAUAAUUCAUUCAGCAGCAGUCCUUUUAAAUGGGUAAUCUGCAGAUCAAAAAUACAAAACCACCCAGCCACUGUUUUGGUAAACAGCUGUGUAACCUAUACAGCCGACGUGUGUUUUUGUUCAUGACAUUGAUAUGAAUACGACUAUCUGAGAAUAUAACUGAAUGAUUUGAAUAUACAAGUAAUAUAGGCCUCGUGUUUUUUAUUUUUCAAUUUAACAUCUAGAUACUAUCUGACAUUUUGUAACAUAAAUUAAUUUCCUCAUUCCUGUAUGAAUAAACAUCAA